GCCCCUCCUUGAUCGUUGAACUUUUUGGCCGCCCACAAACGUGGUUCUCGGCUAUGCUUGGCCUGAACUCCUUCCGCUUCCUGCGCUUCCGCGUCGCUGGGGAGAGUGGCACUUUUCAGGUGGCUGUGUACGAUGGUGUUUGCGCUGACUCGCUUUCUCGGGCUGUGGCAGCUCGGGCUGCCGUGCCGCAAGAGGCGUUCUAUUGCACGGCUACCCAAGAGGCUGAUGGGCCUGUGGUUCCACUCUCCGCUGCAUUGGUUGCUGCCAUUCCAGACACAGUUGUGCUGACAGUGCACAUGAAGGUAACCCCUGUCCCGACGCCGCCCGUGCGAGCCUUCCACUCCUCGAUGGACCUGCCGACGAUCACCGAACCACCGAUGACCGGGCAGGUGUUUGGCCCAAAGUCCCGGGAGGAGGCCGGGGUGAGUGAGCAGGCCCCGCUGCACACCUGCACAGUGCCUUUGCUGCGCAUGAACCGAGUGCAGCAGCUGGAGACCUUGAGCCAGCAGACGGGCCAGAUGGUCACCGCCAUGGAGAGAUUCAAUCGCCUGGCCACCGACUUGGCAAAUGAAAGGACUCUUUUGGCCUGGAUUAGAACUGCGAUGGCAGGAAUUCGCACCGUUUUUGUGUUUUAUGCUAUUGAUGGAGUCAACACCCUCUGGGACUAUGGCGUCAGUGCCAGCGAGAUUUUGAUGGCGGUCUUGGUGCUCGUGCUUUUGUUUACUGGCCGCUCACGAUACUAUGCCAUCAAGGAAUUGAUCCUCAAGAGGGAGCCUCCGGCUACCUUCGGGCGGAUUUCCUUGAGGUAUACGUACAUAGUGCUGGCCCUCGCGACCUUUACCACUACUCUGGGUGUGUGUUCGCGGAGGUGGCAGAAGAUUCAGUAGCGCUGCG